UGCCUAGCUCAGUGCGGCAGGUCUCUCAGGUAACAGGUGGCAGCUUCCCCCUGUAGGAUUCUAGGCAUAAAAAAGAAUGACCUCAUAGGGGUGGAGCCCUGGGACUCCAGAGGUGGCAGUCACAGUCAGGUAACCCUGAAGUGAAGCCGAUGACUUAGGAGGGGACAGUUAACCUGCUCAGGCCAGUGGCUUUAACCUCCACCCUGAGGCCAGCUGUGGGCAGCCAGCCGCUGCCCCCUGGCCUCUUGAGCUGGUCUCUGCCUCGAUGGAGCCCAAAGAAGCCCCCGGGAAAGAAAACAUGGGCACCAGGAAAAAGAAUCUCCCCUUCCUGAGGUCCAGGCUCUAUAUGCUGGAGAGAAGGAAGACGGACACUGCAGUUGAGAGCAGUGUUCCCGGGGACCACUCUGGUACCUUGAGGAGGAGCCAGUCCGACAGGACCGAGUACAACCAGAAAUUACAAGAAAAGAUGACCCCACAGGCCGGGUGUUCCCCGGUUGAGACCCUAACUCAGGAGGAGGAACAGCAGAUGCAGAGAAUGAUGGCAAAGCGUUCGAAAAUCAUCAAGGAGCUGAUACAGACCGAAAGGGAUUACCUCAAUGAUCUAGAGCUGUGUGUUAAAGAAGUGAUUCAGCCCUUGAGAAAUAAACAGAUUGAUCGGCUGGAUGUGGAUAGCUUAUUUAGCAACAUUGAAUCCGUGCAUCAGAUAUCAGCCAAGCUGCUGUCAUUGUUGGAAGAGGCCACAACAGACGUGGAACCGGCCAUGCAAGUAAUCGGAGAAGUAUUCUUACAGAUUAAAGGGCCAUUGGAAGAUAUUUAUAAAAUCUACUGCUAUCAGCACGACGAAGCACACAGUGUACUGGAGUCCUAUGAAAAGGAAGAGGAGCUCAAGCAACAUUUGAGCCUCUGUAUCCAGUCCUUAAAGAAAAUAUACAUGCAAGAGGGCAAACCGAACUUACUGGACAUGGGCUCUUUGAUGAUCAAACCAAUUCAGCGUGUGAUGAAGUAUCCCCUAUUACUGUGUGAACUCAGGAAUUCCACCCCUCCCUCUCACCCAGACUUCAAAGCACUGGAGGAUGCCUUUGCUGCAGUGAAAGACAUUAACAUCAACAUUAAUGAACUUAAAAGACGGAAAGAUUUAGUUCUAAAAUAUAAGAAGAAUGAUGAGGAUGAAUCACUUAAAGAUAAAUUAUCUAAACUAAAUAUUCAUUCAAUUAGCAAGAAAUCAAAAAGAGUGACGAAUCAUCUCAAGAUUCUGACCAGAGGAGAAUCACAGGUGAAAGACAGCACCUUUAAUAGAGAAGAAAAGCUAUUUAGAUCUUUAGAAAAGACCGUGAGGCAUUGUGUGAAGAACAUCUCAUUCUGUCUUCAACAUGUCCAGGAUGCCAUGUCUUUAACUCUGCGGAGUGUAACAGAGCUCCAGGAGAUUUCACACAACAAAGAUGAGGAGGAGAGGGGCUAUUCAGAGGUUUCCAGUAAUGCCCCAAAUCUUUCUGAUGACUUUGCAGCACACUUACAGAAGCUCGUCCUGACGCCCCUGUCAGCGCUGCUGUCCCUCUUCCCAGGGCCUCAGAAGCUAAUCCAGAAACGCUAUGACAAACUGCUGGACUACAACAGCUACCUGCAGCGGGCGGUAGCAGAUGAUUCAGACUUGGCCAAAAGGGAAUAUGAGGCCCUCAAUGCGCAGCUUGUGGAAGAGCUCCACGUUUUCAACCAGGCUGCACGCAAGAUUCUGCUGAACUGUUUAUGCAGUUUCAUCACCCUCCUCAGGGACCUGAUGCUCCUGGCCCAGCGGCAUUAUUCCACGGUGAUGCUGGUACCACUGUCGGCUUCAAGCAUCUCUGAAAUUCAGAAUCGAGUACUAGAAGAGGUUCAAAGUCUGAAUUUUGUAAAGGAUAACAGUGCUACCUUUAUUGAGAGGAAACUUAGUUUUGAAAAGAAGAAGCCUGUGCAAACUGUGCCGGAAGUGCCACGUCAAACUGACACUCACCGCUCCAAACUUCUAUCCACAUACAGUAUGGAGGAACUCUACCAAGCUAAGCGCAAGUGCAAUGCUACACAAGAAUAUGACAUCAAUCUUCUAGAAGGGGAGUUGGUGGCUGUGAUGGAACAGAAAGAUCCACUGGGGAGUUCGAGCAGGUGGCUUGUUGACACAGGACUUAUAAAAGGAUAUGUGUAUUCCUCCUUCCUAAAGCCCUACAAUCCAGCCAAAGUACAAAAGGUGGAUGCUGAGAACAGGUUCUGUGAUGAUGAUUUUGAUAACAUCAGCCUCUUUGUGUCUUCACGCCCAGCCCAUGACAGUGUCACAGGCACCCCGGAAGGUAGCAUAAGUGAUAGCAGCUCAUCUCUUAGUGGAACAUGUGGGAAGUCUGAAGCAAAUGGUACUGAUGCUGACAGUUUUCAAGAGGUAGAUGAACAGAUUUUCUAUGCAGUUCAUGCCUUUCAAGCACGGAGUGACCAUGAACUCAGCCUUAAGGAAUACCAAAGAGUCCACAUACUUAGAUUUUGUGACUUAAGCGGCAAUAAAGAGUGGUGGUUAGCUGAAGUUCAAGGGCAGAAAGGCUAUGUUCCAGCUAACUACCUUGGGAAGAUGACUUAUGCUUAAGAAAAUAAGCCUUUGACUUUUAUUUUCUGGCAAGUUGUUGAUUGACUACCUCAUAAAACUGACAUUACAAAAUGUUGGCCUAAAAAUCAAGAAACUUCCAAAUUACAUGAACUGAUAUCAUACCAGGUUUUAAGGUAGACUAUGCUUCCUAACAAGAUUAUUUCAAAAUAUGUUAUGAAGAAUACAUGUUGAAGGGGGCACUAAACAAACAGAAAUAGCAAAACAAACAGCCAAAAUUCCAACUAUCAGCUACUUAAAAAAGUGAUCUUCUGAAAAGGUAAAUGUAUUUCUUUAUCGUCAUGAGAGGUCAGAGCUAAGGACAAGUUAUUUUUGAUUUACUGUAUUUUACUUUUCUGUAUUAUGUAUUUUGCCUUAAUGUUUUUUAUAUUUUUGCAUGUGUAUGCACAUAUAUACACACACGCAGACCAUAUACACUGUACAGUUUACACAUAUAUAUGUGUACUAUAUCAUAUAGACACAUAUAUGCAUGACUCAGGAAGUGUACUAAAUAGACUUAAGAAUACGAAUUGAUUACAUAGUUAACAGUCAACUAAAAGUCUGAUGUGGAUGCCCUCUAUAACUUAAAUUUCAAAAAAAAAAACAAAACCCCGAAUAACAUAAUAGUAAUUAAUAUCUAACAUUUACUGAAUGCACACCACAUGCCAGACAUUGUUAUGCUUUUUUUAUAUGUGGGAACUUACUCCAUACUUACAACAUGAAUGAGGAAAUUGUGGCCCAAAGAGGUAAAGUAAUUUAUUUCGCCCAAGUCACAUUGCUACUAAGUGGUAGGGGCUGAAACCCAAAUGCAGGUCUGGUUCUGAGGUCCAUACUCCUAACCACUACAUGGUACACAUUUACUAUUAGCAAAGAACUAAGUGAUGCAAAUAAUGAACACUGAUGAAGACUAUUUUCCUCUUAAGUUCAUAGUUAAGUAUUGAGAAGUUUCUCAAAAUCGAGGGUUAUAGGAACUUGUGCUAUUAGCCUAGAGAAAAGGAAGUAUCUAGGUUUAUUAUUUUUAUUUUUUGCUUAAAUAUUUGAAAAUAUCAUUGUUUAAAAACUAUCUGACAUGAUCACUAAUGAUACUUUAAUGAGAAAAUAUUUUUGGAUAGCCCAAUUAUGUAGAUGAUGAAUGGGGAAUGUGUGUUCCAUGUUCUGAGCCAAGAUGUAAAUAUUUUUAGUUGCUGAUUUGUACUCAGACAAGGCAGGCAUUGAGGAUAACAUUUGCUGUAACACAAUGUCCUGGGACACUGAGCUUUAAUUUAGGAAUAGCUCAGAACUAGGCAUAUUUGGUCCAAGACAUUUUAUUAAACUAAAUAGAUGCUUCUUCAGAACAGAAAAAAAGAUUAAAUUUGACUUGUUUUCUUUAAAAACCAAAAUAAGGUGGAUUUUCAUUGUCCACAUAAAAUGUUAAUAUAUUAAAUUUUAAGAUUAAAAUUAAAAUUACUUUCAAAACCUUGAUCUCUAGUUACAUAUUAUUACUAAGGAAUACAAAAAUAAAAUGCUGCUUCUCAGAGAGCUGUUGACUUUAACAUACAUGACAUGUACAGCCAGAGAAAUUCAUAAAGCUUUUUACAUGCCAGAAAAAUUUCUAUUUAAUGAUAUUGUUUCUAAAAUUCUUAAUCUAAACUUGGGUUUUUAGGGCUCUUUUUGUAAGUUGUUUUUGCAUAAAAUAUUUUUUUGUAUUGAGUUGGGUACCAAAAGAAGACUCCCUUUUUUGGAUUAUACAAGGACUUUUUAUGUCUUUUAAAUGAUUCUUUGUGCCCAAUAAUGAAAUAUAAGUAAAUUCCAGUUUUCUUAGUAUAGAGCAAAAGGAAAUCCAAAUCUCUUACUUGUGGAAACUAUGAACAUACCCAACAACCAAAAUAGUGGAGAAAUUUUAUAUAAUUUAAAUUAGCUGUGACCUUAAUACUCCCCCUGCCAAAAAAAAAAAAAAAAAAA